UUCUAUUAAAUUAAGAUUGCCAUUUAGCCUAAUUCUUCAGCCGUUAAUGAAUUAUAUUUUCAAAAUACAUUUUCAGUGAGUUUUUAUAAACUAAUGCAUUUUUAAUGUUAUGCAUAAACAGUACUAUAUUACCACAGCGAAAUGUACGAAAAUUACGAUUUAAAAUUUUUUUUAGCGGAAUAGCGAAAAAUAAUUGAAACCACAAAUUAAGAAAAUUCCAAUAUAUUAACGCUCGACAUGAUUAUGCUGUCGCCAAAGACUAGGUGAUAUAUAGACAACUUCAAAUGAUGAACAUGGCAUUUUAUCCUAGUGUAAGCAUGAAGCCUAUAUUUCUGAUAUUAUCAAUAUGCGUUUUCACUUCAACUGAAGCUACCAGACUGCAAGAGUGCUUGAAUAAUUAUUGCGAAGUCUCAGGAAAGAAAAUACCAGCUGCUUGCGAGCCAAGAAAUACACGGAAAAAUGUCGCCACUCUGGCAGAAAUUGUAGUAUCGCCGGAAAACGCAACAUGCGGUACACCAGUUGUGCAGUUUUGUAGCCUUAGGAAUCGAAUUUCUUGUUUAAAAUGUAGCAAGAAUUCGCAUUCACCUUCGCACAUUAUCGAUGGUCACAAAUGGACUUGGUGGCAAAGCAAACCGUGGCCAGGUCUUCCUGGAAAAACGUUUGAAUUGAAUAUAACGAUCAAUCUACCAAAAAAGUUUCAACUUAUUGAUGACAUUAUUAUUGAUUUCCAUGACGGUUUGCCCCAAAAAAUGAUUGUGGACAAAUCUUCGGAUGGUGGAAAAACCUGGCAACCUAUUCAAUAUUAUGCUGAUAAUUGUUCAAAUCACAAUAUGUACCACACGGAUUUCGCCAAUCCAAGUACAGAUGUAAAUCUGUCAACCAAACCGAUUUGUUCCCAGGACUUUAGUACUAAUUUUAUUUGGGAAGAUAAAUCGACUAUGAAAGUCUACAUUGCCCCAAGAAUUCGACUGCUGCGUAGAAAAGGUUUAAAUGACUCCAGCCUGUGCGAAGAGAUAUCUAACAAAAAUUCUGAAUUAUCGAAAUUUUUAUUGAUUACAAAUUUGAGGAUACGAUUGCAACAACCUCCGAUGGUUCGCGCCGAUUCUUCUAAUGACGGUUUGCAUCAACGUUCUGAGCAUUAUGGAAUAAGAAACAUCUAUAUGCCGGCAAGGUGUUUCUGUAACGGACAUGCUUCCCAAUGUGGAUAUUCAUCAAAGUCAGCUUGGUGUAUUUGUCGACAUUUUACUGAAGGGAGAGAUUGUGAGAAAUGUAAAGUCUUAUACUGGAUGAAACCAUGGGAACCAGGUUCAUAUUCAUCAACGUCUGAAAUAGGAGUCGUCAAUCAGUGUACAUCUUUCCAAGAACUUGGUAUUGAACGUUUUACCAAAAAUAACGAACCAGUUUCGUUCAUGAGUGCGGAGGAGUCAGUGAAAAAAUUAAAUUGCAAUUGCAACAGACACAGCAAACGAUGUGAAGAAGUCAGAGAUUUUGGAAUAUUAUGUGUCGAUUGCAGACAUAAUACGAUAGGAAGGAAUUGCCAUACUUGUAAAAAUAGAUACUUUAGAAAUAUCCGUAAAAAGUUAGAUCAUCCUGAAGUGUGUGCAGCUUGCAAGUGUGACUACAUCGGUUCCAACAGUCAGUGGUGUCAACCUGGUGGCCAGUGCCUAUGCAGACCGAACUUUGUUGGAAGAAGAUGUGAUAAGUGUCGAGCAGGAUGGACUAUUAAAAACCGAGUGUGUGCUCGAAUUCUGCCGGAAUGUUUGACGGAAGAAGUAUCAUGUGAAGAUAUCGAUUAUCCCAGACUGACACCUAACGGAAGGUAUCAAUGUAUUCAACUCGACCAUGGAUGGUGCUCGUGCUUAGAAAAACAAAACUGUACGGAACCUUCUCUAUUUAAAAAAAAUAAAAAACUAACAGGGAAUUUCGGACUUUCGCGGUUUAAAACAACGACAACUCCUUUAUUGUAUAUUAGCAUUACAAUAUUUUUCAUUGCAUUUUUCUUCUCGCCAAAUGAUGUUUAUUUUUGAUUUCUAUUAUGAUAAAAUUUUUAUCCAAUUAUCACUGUAUGGAAGAGUCUAAGUGAAAUAAAAUGCAACAAUACAUGA